GGGGGAACGGGGGGGAAAAGAUUGCCAGCUUCAGCCCAGGCCGGGCUCUAUCUAAUGGCUCGAAUGAAGUGUAAUCGCAACCUGUCAAGGCCGCAUCGCCUUUGCGGACGACCGCCCGCGAUGGCCACGGGCUCGGUCUGGAGGAACAGUAAUUGGCACACGCCGAGUGGCCGGGUUGGUCCAGUUGACGGGAAGACUCUCUCGAUUCUUCACCCCACCUUGCCCCUUGUGGCCUCGCGGCGCACACUGGCGAUAAGGACCUAGCCACGGCUCUCCGAAUGGGGCGGUUGGGCGUUGGUUGGCUUGCAGUUGCUAUCCAUGGCCGGGGGCGCGAUGCCGUCCAGGUGGAAGGUCGACGACAUCUCGACGGCGAGGG